AUGCCUUCCGAUCUCGACACCCUGCUCGACAUGGGCUUUGACAAGGAGCGUGCCGAGCUCGCAGUUAAGAAGUCCGGCGGUCUCCAGGGAGCUCUCCAGUGGCUCGAGGACAACCAGGACAAGCCCCUGGAGGAGAUCAAGGCUGCUGCCUCUGACGACAAGGAGGAUGAUGAGGACGACGACACCGAGGCCAAGAUUGCAGAGCUCGAGACGGGCAAGGCCAAGUCUCUGGUCUGCAAUGAGUGCGGCAAGCGCUUCAGAAGCCAUGAUCUGGCAAGCUAUCACGCGACCAAGACUGAGCAUACUGACUUCUCAGAGUCGACGGAGGAGAUUGCCCCCUUGACCGAGGACCAGAAGAAGGCCAAGCUCGAGGAGCUCCGUGAGCGCCUCCAAGCCAAGAAGGCCGCUCAGGCUAUGCAGGACAAGGAGGAGCAGAAGCGCAACGAGAAAAUCCGUCAAAAGUCUACCAGGGAGACCCAGGAGGCCAAGGAGGAGCUCGCCCGCAAGCAGCAGAUCAAGGAAGCCGAGAAGAAGCGCCAGGAGAAGCUCGACGACAUGGAAGCAAAGAAGCGCAUCAAGGCCAAGAUCGAAGCCGACAAGGCCGAACGUCGCCGCAAGGCCGAGGAGGCCAAGGCUGCCCGCGAAGGACGAGCUCCCCAGGCCGAGGCCGUCGCCACUCCUGCCGGCGGUGCCGCUGCGGCCGCCGCGCCCAAGCCAAAGGCCAACCACAACGAGGCCCGUCUUCGGUUGCAGACCGGCGGGGGAAACAUUACCAAGACACUCCCUGCUGAGACAACCCUGUUUGAGCUGGCACAGCAGAUCGAGAGCGAGACUGGCAAUGCCGUCACCAGCUUCACGACUACGUUCCCGAGACAAACCUUCCAGGGCGAUGUCGACAUGUCCAAGACCCUCAAGGAAGCGGGAUUGGUUCCCUCUUCCGUGUUGAUUGUGAAAUAA